UUGGCUUCCUGUGGGAUUCUGAUGAGCAGAACUUCUCCUUUGCAAGUGCCUUUACCCAGCCACACUUAUUCAAGAAAUUUCUUCAAUGUUGCUGCACCACUAGUAAAUAAAAGAAAAGAGUAUUCUGAAAGAAGAAUUAUAGGGUAUUCCAUGCAGGAAAUGUAUGAAGUUGUUGCUGUUGUGGAGAACUACAAACUGUUUGUUCCUUGGUGUAAGAAGUCAGACAUCCUCUCGAAGCGCUCGGGGUACUGCAAAGCGCAGCUGGAGAUCGGAUUCCCUCCUGUGGUAGAGAGGUACACCUCAGUGGUUACCCUAGUGAGACCACAUUUAGUUAAGGCAUCAUGCACAGAUGGAAAACUAUUUAAUCACUUGGAAACAGUGUGGCGUUUGAGCCCAGGGAUCCCUGGCUAUCCAAGGACAUGUACUUUGGAUUUUUCAAUUUCUUUUGAAUUUCGUUCACUUCUACACUCAAACCUUGCCACACUGUUUUUUGAUGAAGUGGUGAAGCAGAUGGUUGCUGCCUUUGAAAGAAGAGCAUCCAAACUCCACGGCCCAGAAACCAGCAUUCCUCGGGAGCUAAUGCUGCACGAGGUUCAUCAGACGUAA